CUCGAUGGCGUGCUCUCACGAAGUAAAAAGUUUUCCAUGUGGUGAUCUUGCACUUGCUUGUGGAUGCAUUAUACAGGAAGUCAACUACUGAUCAACAAGAAACCCGUUGUAUCCUCUACAACAACUUCCAACAGACAUCUAUCUUCAAUAUCAUUGGCAUUAUCAGAGAGCAGCAUCAAAGUAACUCUAUCUCUAUAAGUAAUACAAGUCCAACUUCUCUAACUACUUACUUCUCCAUCGAGGACAUCAACAGACAAAAAAAUAGAAAAGUCAUGCCUUCGUUUUCUGAAUUGUGCGAAAAGCUGCCCGCUCUCAAGGACUUAGACGGCAUGGAGGAAAGGUAUUCUGAGUUGCCAGGACAUGCACGUGGAGUGGUGGCCGAAUACGUCGACUUGGAAAUUGAGAAAAAGAAGAAGGAUGGAUACUUAUGGCGAAGGCUUAGUGUCUUGUUCUCUUCCGAGUCUCUCCUUCUAGAGCACUAGGAGUAUCUACGCAAUAAUAAUAGUUCAUUGAUUAUGGUGUAACCACGUACUAUCUACUAAGUAAAUAGUGUAGAAGUAAGUAGUAGUAAUAGGUGGUAAUAGGUUGUACGUACAGUAAAAGUAAAAAUUGAUGAACCCAUUCAGGUGGACGUUUUUGAGGUGGAAAAGAAUGAUUCAUAAUUAUGAUCUUGAUCAACAAGAUAUGAGAUGAAAAAGAUAAUUGUCCUCUAAACAAUGACGAAAUGAAGGCGAAGGAGAGGAUGCAAAAGAUGCUUGCGAUGCUCGAGCGUCGGAAAGAUGAGGACAUGGAGAGUUGUGUCGUCUUGUGAUUUUACCCUUGCUUGACAUGAUUCGCUAAAGUCUACUAAGUUACCUCAAGUAGAGCAAAAAGUUAUUACUCUGAUAUCUACCACCAGUGCUGCCACGACUAAGAUGAACAUGGAAUCACAGAUUUGUUGUUGAAGAGCAAGGUGCAGAUUCAUCAACAAGGAGAGGACUCUCUUCCUGAUGCACUAUCCUAAAAAUUUGUGGUCGUGGCCGCGGUCCUCACCCAGAAGAUGUUAAUGAAGAAUAUGUUGUGAUACAAUCCCCGACUACCCCAAAAAGCUUUGCGUGCGACUUGAAACCUUCAAUCCCAUCCCGAUCCCGCUGUCAUCAUUUUGAAAAAAACCUAUCAGAAGUUGCCACGACGUGUGAAACAU